AUGAAAAUGCCGGAGACAAGAACGGAGUUUAAAUUAAACAAUGCUCCAGGUGAUGGAAUAACCUCAGUAAAAUUCGGUCCAAACUCCUCACAAUUUUUAUUAGUUUCUUCUUGGGACGCUACAGUUAGGUUAUAUGAUAUACUAACAAAUAAUAUGAGAUUAAAAUACGAACACGAAAUGGCGGUUUUAGAUUCUUGUUUUCAGGAUGCAGUUCAUUUAUACAGUGGAGAUUUAUCAGGUCAUUUAAAAAUGUAUGAUGUUAAUGCUAAUUCAGCAACUAACAUAGGUACACAUGAUAAUGCUAUUAAAGCAGUUGAGUAUUCAUUAGAUGUAAACACAAUACUGACUGGAAUCAGCAAAGCGUUGGAACAUAUUCGCAGCCUGGAAAAGUAUUUUACUCUCAAUAGUUUUCUAUUUAUUUUUAUUUAUCACAAAACUAAAUAUUAUUCUUGUUCAAAGGUUUAUACUAUGAGUUUGUGCGGUGAAAAAUUAAUAGUAGGCACUUCAGGAAGAAAAGUAUUAGUCUGGGAUUUAAGAAAAAUGGGUUUUGCUAGUCAGAGAAGAGAAUCAAGUCUUAAAUAUCAAACAAGAUGCAUUAGGUGUUUUCCUAAUAAACAAGGUUAUGCAUUAAGCAGCAUAGAAGGAAGAGUUGCUGUUGAAUACCUGGACACAAAUCCUGAAAUACAAAAAAAAAAAUAUGCAUUCAAAUGUCAUAGAAUAAAAGAAAAUGGAAUCGAACAUAUUUAUCCAGUUAAUGCGAUUAGUUUUCAUCAGGGGUACAACACAUUCGCAACAGGAGGCUCAGAUGGUUAUGUUAAUAUUUGGGAUGGAUUUAAUAAGAAAAGAUUAUGUCAGUUUCACAAAUAUUCAAAUUCGAUAGCAUCACUCAGUUUCAGUCACGAUGGUUCAGCUCUUGCCAUUGCAUGUUCUUAUAUGUAUGAGCAAGCCACCACACCAGAUCCUCUUCCUGUCGAUGAAAUAUUUAUAAGAUAUGUAACAGAUCAAGAAACCAAACCGAAAUAA